AUGCCGCACUCAGAAGGAUUCAAAGGAAUAUCGCGUGAGUGGAUGUGUGAAGUGGAGAAAAAUCUCCAUGCGAUUGAAAUUAUUGGUAAAAAAUUAAUUGCCGAUCGAGAGACAUGCUCGAAUCCGGGCACCGAAUUGAUUCUCAUUUCUCAGGAAAUUCUUGAUUUGUGUGAUGCAUUGUCUUUUACGAUCGAAAGUCGUCGCAGAAUACGUAAAUCUUGUUAUAGCCUCAAAAGAUACAUUCUCAGAUGGCAAGCUGACGGAAUUGAACCAACAAGAGUUUUUAUGGAUAAGGACUUGGCGUGGAUAAGUUUUUGUCGAAUUAUACCGGGUACAGUUGAUCGUCGAACCACAUCCGAAAGUGCAGCUGAUUCAGGCGCUAGUGAUUCUGGCUCAGGUGUUGGUUCGAAUGUAUCACAAUCGUCAUUACCAACAUUCACUCCUCCACCAAGCCCCGGUAUUCUCUUGACAACGCCAUCUCAAGUUGUCAGCAACAUCAGCUCUACUAAUGGUAGACUGACUAGUCAUACGCCACCAACAGCCCUGUGUUUGGAUGGAAGUGCGUCAUCAGCAUUAUGCGGCGUAGAUGCGUCCUCGUCGUCGUUAAGCUCGUUGCCAAUCGUCGAUUCAUUAACGAGAUCUCGAUCGCAUGAAUCAAGUCUGCAACACGGUCUGAGUACCGGUGCUCUCACGUGUAAGGCAAAUAUUGGUGAUUCGUGCGGGUUGACACCAGCUCAUUUGAAAGAAGUGUUGAAGGAGAUGUUCCUCAAAGAUUCUAGCCAGGAUGGAUGGACUCCAUCAAUCCAAGCAUCGACAUCCCAACAAACGUUUGUGUUCGAUUCAGUUGAUAGUUCAUCGAGUACAAACAGCUCUGCGCCAUCAACACCCGCAUUCCCAGCUAUCCAUUCAACAACAAUUUCAAGUGCAACAAGUCCUUUUCUAAUGCCAACCGCAACGACUGGCACCUUCAGAAACAAUUUCGACUUUCCAGAGGCGGUGCCUGAGGUGCCUGAUAUUGUUGUCGAUACUGGACAGAGUGAUGCUCAACAACGAUUGAUCUCAUCGCAAGGAUCAGACUGUACGGUACAGUCGGGAUGUACUGGAGGACCAGGUAGUUCUGAUGGUACGCUUGUGAUUGAUUCAGUCGGUAGUGCACAAACAAAUCCCAACGAUAUGCAGGACGAGUUCGGUAACGAUCAGCUACCAGUAACAAGCAGCUGUACAUUGAAUCGUGAUCGGUGGAGUAAUGGCACGAUUCGAAUGCCGAAUAGUUGGAAUGAUGUUACGAUACCGUUCAAUCAAAUCGAAUUCAAAAAACAAAGUCUCAUUGGUCGAGGACGUUUCGCUGAGGUGCAUAAAGCGAAUUGGUAUGGUGAUGUUGCUGUAAAAUUACUCAACAUGGAUCACGUCGAUGAAGAGAGACAAUUGGAGGCCUUUAAGGCAGAAGUUGCAUCAUUCAAGAACACGCGACACGACAACAUUGUAUUGUUUAUGGGCUAUUGCAUGGACCAACAUAAGCUCGGUAUUGUUAUGUAUUACUGCAAAGGAAAACCCUUACAUCAAUUAUUGCAUGAUACACCGGAAAAAUUUGAUUUCUCGCAGGUAGUUCACCUCGCCACUCAAACUUGCCAGGGUAUGUCUUAUCUACAUACCAAAAAAAUCAUCCAUAAAGAUUUGCGAACGAAGAAUAUUUUCAUUGAAAAUCGCAAUCGAGUUGUAAUCACUGAUUUUGGACUGUUCAGUAUGAAGCGACUUGCUCAACCAUAUCGUGAUAACACAUUAAUUGUUCCGAAUCAUUGGCUGAGUUACCUGUCACCCGAACUUAUCAGACAGCUUUCUUCUGAACUCACUCAAUUGCCAUUUUCGGAAGCAAGUGAUAGUUAUGCGUUUGGAACGAUUUGGUUCGAGUUGAUGACAUAUGGUUUCCCGUUUGAACACGUUCAUCCAGAUGUAGUGAUUUGGCAAGUGGGAUGUGGUAUGAAGGGACCGUUGAACAAUGUCAACAAUAUUAGAGAUGUCAAGUUAUUCCAAGAGAUCCUUGUACAAUGUUGGGCGUACACUCCAGAAGAUCGACCAUCAUUUCGUGAGGUGUUGGACAUGUUGGAAAGGCUGCCGAAGAAACGUCUCAAUCGGAGUCCGUCGUUUCCAAUAUCACGAAGCUAUGAGUCCAUGUUUUAG